AUGGCUGGGAAAACUGAAUUUCUACUGAUAAUAUUAGUAGCUAUACUGACAUCUCUUAUACAGAUUAGAUCAGAAACAUGUACUUUCACGAGAACCCCAGAUACAAGGGGGCUUGGUGAUGGAACGUAUAAAGGAAUUAUUUCUUUGGAUGAAUGCGAAGAGGCGUGCCGUGUAGACAGUUCAUGUGUAGCGGUUUAUAGAAAUCAACCUAGGCCACCACUCCAGACUGAAUUAACAUCACCUGAACCGACAACACCCCAACCGACAACACCUGAACCGACAACACCUGAACCGACAACACCUGAACCAACAACACCUGAACCGACAACACCUGAACCGACAACACCUGAACCGACAACACCUGAACAGACAACAUCCGAACCGACAGCAGCAGCAUCCAACCAGGGAAGCAGCACAGAAGAAACAUACACUCCCGCACUGACUACCCCAGAAACUACAACUCCUGAACCGACCACUCCCAAACCGACCACUCCCGAACCGACCGCUCUUGAACCCACCAUUCCCGAAGCCACCACUCCUGAACCAACAACUGCCGAGGCUCAAACUUCUGAACCCACCACUCCUGAAUCGAUCACUCCCGAACCGACCACUCCUGAACCGACCACUCAUGAACCGACCACUCCCGCACCGAACCUUCCUGAACCGACCACUCCUGAACCGACCUCUCCUGAACCGACCAAUCCCGAAACGAUCACUCUCGAACCCACCACAACUGUCGAUACUACAACUUUCGAACCGACUACUCCCGAACCGACCACUCCUGAACCGACAACUCCCGAACCUACCACUCCCGAACCGACAACUCCCGAACCGACCACUUCCGAACAGACCUCUCCCGAACCGACCACUUCUGAACCGACCACUUCCGAACCCACCACUCCUGAACCGAUCAUUUCCGAACCCACCACUCCUGAAGCGACAACUCCCGAACCGAUCACAACUGUCGCGACUACAACUUCCGAACUGACCACUCUCGAAACCACCAUUCUCGAACCGACCACUCACGAACCGACCACUCCCGAACCGACUUCUCCUGAACCGACAAAUCCCGAAACGAUCACUCUCGAACCCACCACAACUGUCGAUACUACAACUUUCGAACCGACCACUCCCGAACCGACUACUUCUGAACCGACAACUCCCAAACCGACCACUCCCGAACCGACCACUCCCGAACCGAUCACUCCUGAACCGACCACUCCUGAACCAACCACUCCAGAACCGACCUCUCCUGAACCGACCACACCCGGACCUACCACUCCUGAACCGACCACUCCCGAACCAACAACUUCCGAACCGACAACUCCCGAACCCACCUCUUACAAACCGACCACUCACAUACCGACCACUCACAAACCGACCAUUCACAAACCGACUACACAUAAGCCUUCAACUCUUGGAUCCAACACCGGUGUCAGCCAACAGGGAGAAUGUAUAAUGAGAAGAAGAGAAGAUAAAAUGGGAGGAAGUGAGGUAUAUUUUAAACUCGAGUUGUCUUCUACCAGUUGUCUGGGUCUGUGUCAGGUGGUCGACCACUGUCGGUCUGUUACCAUUCGUAGAACAUCCUGUCAAUUCUAUACUGACGUCAUUACUACCACAACUAUAAUAGGCAGUAUUCACUAUGUUAAAACACAAUGUGAAGAUGGUAGGAAAUGUUGCUGGGAAAAAAACACUAAUUCAGCGAGUGAUGAUUCCUCGGCUUUUGUAUUUGACAAUACAUUAAAAUCUUGUGAAGACCUAUGUGGAAAAUUUCUAAGAUGUAGCGGUGUAAAGUGGUCUGAUAAUAAAUGUGAUGUAUAUGUAAAUAACCCCGACCUCACCCCAGAAACUAACAGUAUCUUUAGUGAAAAGAAGUGUUCCACGGGAGGUGAUGUAGGAAGUUUAACGUUUAGUAGUAUCUGUUCAGAGAGAAAUGGAGGUGUCCGGCUGAGAACUAAUUUACUAUACUAUUUUUAUUUAUUAUUAUUGUUAUUUUUUUUACAUAUAUUGAGAAAUUGAAAGUUAUGCCGAAAACAUAUAUUGUUUUAAAAUUGGGUUUUAAAUUCCAUUUUUACUUUGUUAUAUAUUUGAAUAAAACCAUUUUUAUAUUUAUGAUCAUUACCUGUUUUUUAACUUUGACCCGAUGACAUCAAUUUAUCUAUUAUGUUUUGAUAUAAGUUUGAGGUUUUAAUUUGAUAUUUACUUCGUUAAUAAAAACUUUUAAAUUCUU